AUGAACCCGUACCCGACUGUUAAACUGUUAAACUGUAUCGCGACUAUGAUUGUCACUAAGAUCGAAAUUUUCGACUGCGAGGUCAGUUUGGUAGGCUUCAACCCGGUCAUGGUCAGAGUUCACACAGACGAGGGGAUUUCUGGCUUGGGUGAGGUCGGGCUCGCUUAUGGUGCUGGUGCCAAAGCGGCCGUAGGAAUUCUGCGCGAUCUUGCUCGCUUUGUCUUGGGUAAAGACCCGAUGAAUGUCGAAGCAAUCUGGGAGGAAAUGUAUCGCCGCACCUACUGGGGGAUGGGAGGCGGACCCGUCAUUUAUGGCGGCAUCAGCGCGUAUGAUAUUGCUCUCUGGGACAUCCGCGGCAAAGUCCUCAAGGCACCAAUAUACCAGCUACUUGGCGGUAAGACCAAUGAUAAAUUGCGCACCUACGCCAGUCAGAUCCAGUUUGGCUGGGGUGGUACACCCUUGCUGGCCGUUCACCCAUCACAGUAUGCCGAGGGCGCCAGGUUGGCCAUAGCAGAAGGCUACGAUGCCAUCAAGGUUGACCCCUUGCAGGUUGGACGUGACGGUUCUGUUACUCCCGACACAGGCGUCAAGCGACAGUACUUUGGGCUCCUGCGGCACGACGAGAUACAGAUGGGAGUCGAGCGAAUUGCCGCAAUCCGCGAGGCAGUCGGGCCCAAUGUGGACAUUAUCUGUGAGAUCCAUGCCAAUCUUGGAACCAACGCCGCCAUCCAGUUUGCUAUGGCGCUCGAACCAUACAACAUUAUGUUCUACGAAGAGCCUGUGAAUCCACUUAACGCGAACAAUUUCGCCCGGAUCGCUGAGAAGACUACGAUCCCCCUGGCCACAGGCGAACGGUCCUACACGCGAUGGGGAUACCGCGAGCUGCUGGAGAAGCAGGCAUUGGCAGUUGUGCAACCCGAUCUCUGCUUAGUGGGCGGAAUAACCGAAGGGAAGAAAAUCUGCGAUCUUGCCAACCUGUACGAUGCAACCGUACAGGUUCACGUCUGUGGUGGACCUGUGUCGACAGCGGCGUCGCUACACUUGGAAGCCGUGAUUCCCAAUUUCAUCAUCCAUGAGCAUCACACCUAUGCUCUGAAGCCGUGUAUUCGAGAGCUGUGCGUCAACGAUUAUCAACCUCAGCAAGGCCAGUUUACAAUUCCGAAUGCUCCGGGUCUCGGCCAGGAACUCAAUGAGGUGAAAGCAAUGCAAUACCUUGUCUGCACAAUAGAAUCAAAUGAAAAGAAAGAAAGGAGCGAGACUGCACAGCCAACGCAGGGCGAGUACAAUUAUUGA